AUUUCGCAAACCCUAACCCCCUCCAAAACCCUCCUCCUCCUCCUCCUCACCCGCGGCGGCGGCGGCGAGCAACUCGUCCACUCGACACCAUGAGGCCACCGCGAGGUAGAGGGUUCGGAAGGGGUGGACGAGGCGAUGGCGGCGGCCGUGGCGGCGGCGGCGGCAGGGGGUUCGGGAGGGGCGGGGACGGUGGCGGGAGAGGAGGCCGUAGCGGGAGGGGAGGCAGGACGCCGAGGGGCCGUGGUGGCGGUCGCGGCGGCGGGAGGGGUGGCAUGAAGGGAGGGAGCAAGGUCGUCGUGGUGCCGCACAAGCACGACGGCAUCUUCAUCGCCAAGGCCAAGGAGGACGCGCUCUGCACCAGGAACAUGGUCCCCGGCGAGUCCGUCUACGGAGAGAAGCGCAUCUCCGUGCAGAAUGAGGAUGGAACAAAGGUUGAAUACAGGGUGUGGAACCCCUUCCGUUCUAAGUUGGCUGCUGCCGUUCUUGGUGGUGUUGACAAUAUCUGGAUUGCUCCUGGUGCUCGUGUGCUGUACCUCGGUGCUGCCUCAGGAACCACAGUGUCUCAUGUGUCUGAUGUUGUUGGACCGACUGGUUUGGUCUAUGCUGUUGAGUUCUCGCACAGGAGUGGUAGGGAUCUUGUCAACAUGGCCAAAAAGAGGACCAAUGUGAUUCCCAUCAUUGAGGAUGCCAGGCACCCGGCAAGGUACCGGAUGUUGGUUGGCAUGGUUGAUGUUAUCUUCUCUGAUGUUGCCCAGCCAGAUCAGGCUAGGAUCUUAGCCCUCAAUGCAUCCUACUUCCUGAAGAAUGGUGGACAUUUUGUCAUUUCAAUCAAGGCCAAUUGUAUCGACUCUACCAUGCCAGCUGAGGCUGUGUUUGCUAGUGAAGUUGAGAAGCUGAAGGCAGAUCAGUUCAAGCCCUCGGAGCAGGUGACAUUGGAGCCCUUUGAGCGUGACCACGCAUGCGUCGUUGGUGGUUACAGGAUGCCCAAGAAGCAAAAGGGUAAAUCUUAAGAGGAAUAAAACUGGUGGUGUGACUUGUGCUCAAAUGUAGUGCUGAACAAAACUCUUGGGCGAAUUAUUUUUCAUUUGCAUCCUGGUUUGUAAGACUGAAAUUUGGACAAAUGAUGCUAAGUAAGAGCAUUUCCAAUAGAUAGUCUAAAUUAGACUCUUCAAAUGUCUAUUUGGCCAUUCAAAUUCGUUUUUUACU